GCCCGACUCAUAUUUGUACGAGCUUUAGCUUAUCUAAGGUCGACAUUUUAUUCUGCUAACAGUUUAAACCUUCAAUAAACCUCACGCCGACACUUGGAUCAAUUCAGGCACUGGUGCUUUCUGGAAGGGCCCCGUAAGCCUUCCGCGCAGGCUACGGGCAGAGAUAUUCGGCAAGAAAUAGGAAUGCCGCGGCUUCGCAGAAGAGACUCAGCAGGUCACCCGGCUGCGGCUGGUCAAGACAACGGCCGCCCAUGAUGAUGCAAAGCACGCUGCGGCGCUUCAGGCCAACACCAAAUGGCAUUGCAUCUUACCCAAGAUCUUGCCCAAGACGCUGCGCCGCCUCCCAGCUAGGGAGGGGAAACCAAAAAAGCCAGAAAUGGUCCAACAACAACAACAACAAAAACGACAAGCCCGGCAAUGACCGGCCCUAUCUCGAGAAUAACGGGAUUCGGUUUGGCGUUAUAGCCAAUUCUCAGGAACAUCGAAUUGGAUUCAACUGUGCAUUGACUAUGGUCAAAGGCCAAAGCCCUAAAAUUCCAGUUCAUGUGGCCAUCUCCGAACACCACAUCUACUCGUCCUGUCACACCCGGUACGUCGAGGAAGCAUCGCCGAUGACGGAAAUGAUCAUGACGUACUACCGGGCGAAGAAGGCGCAGCCACUAUGGUGUUGGUCCGUAGCAAACUGCACUAAUGGCGACGGGAAUGUGGCGGUUGUUCGAGCGGCAAGCGCUGAGAAGGCCAGAAGCGCCUUCUUCCGCGCCCUCAAAGCCCAUGGCUACAAACCAACUGGUAUCUGCAGAGCAGGAGAUGUUGGAAACGCUGGUACCGUGCUGCGCGGGACCGUCAGGCUCAGGGUUUUCGACGCCAGGGCAUUUAUGCAGGUUGAUUUCGAGAAGCUGGUUGAGUACUUCGGGAAUCUGAUCAAGUCAAAGAUUAUACCCAAACUGCGCACCAACAUCGGUUCUCCCGAGGCGCCAUUACCACACCUCACCCCACAAAGCUGGGAUACUACGUACCGAACUCCGGGACGAGGGAAACUAGAAUUCAUCUGAGACGGUCGCUUUUCUGUUGCAAAGCAACGUAUGAUACAAACAGUUCUAUGUUGCAGGGGGAGUACGGGAAAUAAUAGAUAGAUACCCAAUAUCAUGUAGUAUACAGUACAAUACAGACCAAGACCUCUACUUACUACCUAGUACAUGCCUGUCUUGGAGUUUUUGUGUGAUGUUACGGAGCUAGUUUGUAAUCGCCGGAGUCCACGGAACAUUGGGAAUACGUUCACUAUGGCACAAUAGGAGCUAUGAUCUAGAACUCUAGUGGCUAGCGGAACGAAAAAGUAGGAAUCGGAUGAUGGUAUAGGGGCCGGUUAUGAAGCUAUGUCAACCUUUUCUAGUGUAUCUG